GCUAACCUUCACAUCCAAGCAAAACAUGUGCGACAGGGUUCGAGAAAAAAGGCUGAAAUUCAAUGAUUCCUAUCAUUUUAAUCUAUAACAUUCACCAGGACUACUUUAAGAGCUUUUUCCGGUAGCGGUUCCGAUUAUUCGUUUUUCUGCGAAAACGAAAUCCUUUAGCUAGCUAAAAUGAAAGACUAGCACCCACCAGCUCAUUUCUGCACUCCUGGAGUAAACAUAGUUUGCUGGCUUUCAUGUGGGUGUCGCCUGCUCUCCAACGAUGAGGUUCCCUUUUCGUUUUGUGGCCAGAAGCUGUAAGGCUUUUCACAGACUGCGACAAAGCCCUUUCUUAUUACCAGAUUCUGCUGUGUCGAGACAUCAGAGCAUCGCUGUGUUGAGCCAUCAGAGCAAAGAUGAGAGGAGUUACUACAUAACCACCCCCAUCUUCUAUGUCAAUGCUUCUCCUCAUUUAGGACACCUGUAUUCGGCUGUGAUAGCUGACUGCCUACACAGGUACAAGCUGCUUCAAGGGUUCAACUCAAAGUUUUCAACAGGCACAGAUGAGCAUGGCUUGAAAAUCCAACAAGCUGCUGAAGCUGCAGGAAAAGAUCCCCUGACCUUCUGCACUGAUGUGUCUGAGAGAUUCAAACAUCUCUUCAGCAGCUGCAACAUUUCGUACACAGACUACAUAAGAACCACUGAGCAGAGACACCGUCAGGCAGUGGAGCAUUUCUGGUCAGUGCUCUGGAAAAAGGGACACAUCUACAAAGGGCAUUAUGAAGGCUGGUACUCCACACAGGAUGAAAGUUUCCUCACGCCACUGCAGGUGGACGACGCUGUGGACUCAACAGGGAAGGAGAUUAAGGUAUCGCUGGAGAGUGGACACAAGGUGGAGUGGAUGAAAGAGGAGAACUACAUGUUCCGUCUGUCUGUGUUUCGGUCUCAGCUGCUCGACUGGCUCAGAGGAAAUCCCCAGGCCGUACAGCCUGAGCAUUUCUACCAGAUUGUUCUCCAGUGGCUAGAGCACGACCUUCCAGACCUCUCAGUGUCCCGACAGAGAAGCCGCCUUCAGUGGGGCAUCUCAGUCCCCAACGACCCUGAGCAAACCAUCUACGUGUGGCUAGAUGCUCUGGUGAACUACCUCACAGUAGCUGGCUAUCCAGAUAAUCACGACCAAUGGUGGAAUGUGGCCCACCAUGUUGUAGGAAAGGAUAUCUUAAAAUUUCAUGCCGUCUACUGGCCAGCUUUCCUCCUGGCAGCUGGACUGCCGCUGCCACAGACGAUACAUGUGCACUCUCACUGGAUAGCGGGAGGAAAGAAGAUGUCUAAAAGUUUGGGCAAUGUGGUAGAUCCUCUUCAACGCUCACAGUUGUUUACAACUGAUGGUAUGAGGUACUUUCUUCUGCGUCAGGGUGUCCCAGACUCAGACUGUGAUUACACAGAUCACAAAGUACUCAAGCUACUCAACGCAGAGCUAACUGACUCCCUGGGUGGUCUGCUUAACCGCUGCACAGCUACGGCUCUUAACCCAGCGCAGGUCUACCCCUCUUUCUGUCCUCUGUCCUUCCCAAGAGAACAGGGAGGCAGGGCUGUGGUCGAAGACUACCUCAUGUUGGAUGCUGUGAAAAAUCUCCCCGCUGUGGUAGAGCAGCACUAUGAGAGCAUGCAUGUGUACAAAGCGCUGGAGGCCAUCACUGCUUGCGUGAGGCAGACCAACGGGUUUGUUCAUCGCCACGCACCUUGGAAGCUGGACAAGAGGAACAGUAAAGAGCAGCGCUGGCUAGACACUAUCAUCCAUGUCUCCCUUGAAUGCCUGAGGAUUUAUGGCACACUCCUCCAGCCAAUAGUGCCAGAGAUUUCCAACAAACUCCUGUCCAGGCUCGGGGUGCAGCCAGGUGAGAGGAGCUGGGCAGCUCUGAACUUCCUGCCAACGUAUCAGGGAAUGGACUGUCCCUUUGAAGGGAGAGCACUAGGAUCUGACACUGGAGUACUUUUUAGUCGCUUGGAAAGUCAAAAUGUUGAUGAACAAAAACGUAACAAAGCAAAAAGGAAAAAAAAUUGAAAUGA